CAGGCGAGUGGACGGCUGCAAAACCGUAGGCAAGCGCUCUCGCUCUCAGACAAUAAUUCCGAGUCAGAGCUCUCAUUGUUGAAUUAAGUGGGAUUUAAUAUGUAUCACCAGCCGGUGCUGAAGAACCGGCGAACACUGUUGGAGCGAGCUGAGAAGUUUAUUUCUGAUGUUUAUUUCACCGAUUGCAAUCUUAAAGGAAGGUUGUACGGCGACACGUCUCCUUUAGAAUCGCUCUGUUCGUUCCUGACUGAAAAACGCAUUCAAUACUCAGAGGCUGUGCUGCAGACGUUUCAGCCAUGUAAAGUUGGUGACAGCUUUGGACCUACAUGGUGGACAUGUUGGUUUAAGGUGUCUCUAACCAUCCCAGAUACGUGGAGAGGGAGAGAGGUGCAUCUCAGAUGGGAGAGUGAUGGGGAAGCAAUGGUGUGGCGAGAUGGGCUGCCUGUUCAGGGUUUAACCAAAGAGGGUGAGAAGACCAGCUAUGUGCUGACGGAGAGCCUGAGGGAUGAUGAGCCACACAGUGUCACACUCUAUGUUGAGCUGGCCUGUAAUGGCCUUUUUGGCGCGGGUCAGGGGUCCAUGAUUGCCGCUCCUGACCCUGAACGGAAGUUCUCUCUUCAGAAGGCAGAGCUUGUUGUGUUCAAUCGCAACGUCCAAGAACUUCUGACUGACUUUGAGAUGCUUGUGGAUAUUGUGAAGUGUCUGGGUGAGGGUGAGCAGCGUGGGUACCAGGCGCUGUUUACCGUAAACGAGAUGGUGAACCUUUGUGACCCCACCGACCCCAAUUCCUUCGCCGCAGCCCACAGCUUGGCCCAGAAGUUCUUCAGCCAGAAGAACGGACAAAGCCAACACACUGUUCACGCCAUGGGCCACUGCCACAUUGACUCAGCCUGGCUGUGGCCUUACGAGGAGACCAUCCGGAAGUGCGCUCGCAGCUGGGUGACAGUGAUUCGCCUCAUGGAGAAGAAUCCAGACUUCAUUUUCACCUGCUCUCAGGCUCAGCAAUUUCAGUGGGUGAAGAGUUGGUACCCAGGCCUUUACUCACAGAUCAAACAUUUUGUGGAGAAGGGGCAGUUCAUCCCAGUCGGAGGCACAUGGGUUGAAAUGGAUGGCAACCUUCCCUCUGGUGAGUCCAUGGUCAGGCAGUUUCUAGAGGGCCAACGUUUCUUCCAUCAAGAGUUUGGGAAAUACUGCAAAGAGUUCUGGCUGCCGGACACGUUUGGCUACUCUGCGCAGUUCCCGCAGAUCAUGCAGGGCAGUGGCGUCACUCGGUUCCUGACUCAGAAGCUCAGCUGGAACCUGGUCAACACCUUCCCUCACAACACCUUUUUCUGGGAGGGGCUGGAUGGCUCGCGUGUCAUCACCCAUUUCCCGCCUGGGGACUCCUAUGAAAUGAAGGGCAAAGUUGAGGAGCUGACCAACACUUUGAAAAAGAACAAAGACAAAGGAAGAGCCAACCACAGUGCCGCCCUGUUUGGUUUCGGCGAUGGAGGCGGUGGGCCCACCCAGCUGAUGUUGGACAGACUCCGUCGAGUCCAGGACACAGAUGGCCUGCCAAGGGUUCAGAUGUCCAGCCCGGACAAGAUGUUCUCCGAGCUUCAGUCCGACUCGGGCCUCCUCUGCACCUGGUCUGGAGAGCUCUUCCUGGAACUUCACAAUGGCACGUACACUACGCAGGCACAGAUCAAGCUGGGAAAUCGCCAGUGUGAGGCCCUGCUUCACGAUGUGGAGGUGGCCAGCAGUCUGGCGCUGUGCCGGAACCAGACCUUCCAGUACCCGUCCGCCAAGCUGCAGGAGCUGUGGAGGCUUCUGCUGCUCAACCAGUUCCAUGAUGUUAUCCCAGGCAGCUGCAUUGAGAUGGUGGUGCAAGAUGCUCUGGGCUACUACCAGGACAUCCGCCGUGCGGGAGCCAGGCUGCUGCAGGAGGCCUGCAGGGCGCUGUGGGCUGGAUCUGAGAGUGGUGGGGCCAUUGGUGCUCUGAACACCCUGCCAUGGGAACGCACUGAGGUGAUCUCACUGCCAGGGGGCACUCCUGAGCCUUCACAACUGGCGCUGGUGAAAGUUCCAAGCGUUGGUGUUGCUGCGAUCAACAAGUCUCUUCCGCCCGCACGCCCCGUCUCUGUCAUAGCUCAGGCUGAUGGUACCAUCCUGAUGGAGAAUGGGAUCCUGAAGGCCGUUAUCGAUACGACGGGCCGGCUUGUCUCGCUCUGCCUGGUGGAGGCAAACAGAGAGACCAUUUCUGACGGUUGCUGUGGGAACCAAUUUGUUUUGUUUGAUGACGUCCCCCUGUACUGGGAUGCUUGGGAUGUGAUGGACUACCACCUUCAGACCAGGAAGCCUGUGGUGGAGGUGGUGGGUCCAGUGGAGGUGCUGAGCCCAGGAGGAUUGAGGGGUAGCGUGAAGGUCUCUCUGAGGAUCAGUGGGAGGAGCGCUAUCACCCAAGAGAUCAUCCUGGAUGCCUCAUGUCCUUACCUCAAGUUCAAGACAAAGGUGGACUGGAUGGAAUCACACAAGUUCCUGAAGGUGGAGUUCCCCGUGCGGGUGCGAAGCCCCAACGCCACCUAUGAGAUCCAGUUUGGCCACCUGCAGAGACCCACGCACAGGAACACGUCCUGGGAUUGGGCCCGCUUUGAGGUUUGGGGGCACAAGUGGGCGGAUCUCUCCGAGCAUGGCUUCGGAGUCGCAGUGCUGAACGACUGCAAAUACGGCCACUCGGUUCACGGGAACACCGUCACCCUGUCUCUGCUACGAGCCCCAAAGUUGCCAGAUGCUAACGCUGACAUGGGGCAGCAUGAAUUUACCUACGCGGUCAUGCCUCAUACUGGUUCCUUCCAGGAAGCGUCUGUCAUCCAGUGCGCCUAUAACCUGAACUAUCCCCUGCGCCUGAUCCCCAACGCCCCAGACAGCUGUAGCUGGAGCGCCUUUUCCAUCAGCUCGCCCUCCGUUGUCCUGGAAACAAUAAAACAGGGCGAGGACAGGAAGGAUGCUCUCGUCAUCCGGCUGUACGAGUCCCACGGGAGCAGCGUAGCUGUGAGGGUCACCACCUCCCUGCCCAUUCACGAGGCUUGUCACUGUGAUCUUCUGGAGCGCCCUGAUUGGUCACGUCCUGUACCAGUCAGAGACGGUGCAAUCUCCCUGACCUUCAACCCCUUCCAGAUUGUGUCUCUUCUGCUUCUUCUGAAGUGAAAUCCACUUGGAAACACCAUCAGGGUGUCUUCACAGGCAUGGAGUCAAAAGCCACAAAUGAAGGAAAUAUAACUAAAAAACCACGUUUAAUGAAUAACUUCCAGUAUUUCUUAGCAACUACAUUAGGGUUGAGCCACAAUUCAUAAAACAUGAACUGACCUUACAGGUCAGACUGCUUUUUUGUAAAAUUUGAAAUGAAUAAAAUUUGUAUUGGUUGAUAGUAGUGGUAAAAUCUAAUGUGCAUCGAACGCUUAGCUGUGAUAAAAUAACAAUAUACCACUACCUGUCAGAGUUACUGCUUAAUUAUAAAAUAUAAAACAUUUUGGAAACAAUGGUGAAUGCAAAGGAUUCUUUUAUCUUUUUAUUUUUUAUCCAACUUAACAAAAUCUGAACCCAACCCCACAUGUGAAAAGGUUAUUUUUGCUUUUUUAUAUACAAAAGAUGGUAAAAAACUGCAUUUAAAAAUGGUGCACAGCACAAUCUGUAUGAAGUAGAAACAGUAUUAAAAUUAUGCUGACAGUAGUUGAUUCCAUGCCCAUUCUGCUGGGCAUAACCAUUAGCUGGUGUCUUUGGGACUUCUCCUGGUAACUCGCCUUCUCUGCAUCCGUGGACCUAUAACAGAAUUCAAUCUGAAUUAAUUCAAAAUGUUUAAUUCCAAGGACCCCUAAAAUGGCCACCGUGCAAAUAUCCAGAUGAAAUUCUAAAAUGUGUAUUAAUAUUCUAAAAAAAAAAAAAAAAAAAAAAGGAAUCCUUCGGGAUUACACAAGCUAGUUUUGGAAUUUGUACGUGCGUACACAAACGAAAGCAGCAUGAAUGUAGAGUACAGUCAUUGAGCUGCAAUUUAAAACCAUUGUUUACUUGUGUCCUGUGUCUUGUGUAGGGAUAUAAAAGUUUCCGAUUUGUUGUCACCUGUGCUAUGCUUCCUGUGUACAUUUAGCCCAGUACCUGUCUGCGUUGGGACCACUUCCUGCUUCCUCUGUGUGCCCCUUCCUUUUUUCGGUCUGGUGUCAUCCUGGCUCUCCUUUGCCUUUUUUACAUCCCUUUUGGCUGCUUGGGUCGGUUUCUUCUUUGGCAACUAAAAAAAAGCAUUGUGCACAUUAUACUCAUAAGGAAAGUUGGCUGAUGUUGGGUUUUAGUUUUCUGAUGGUAGUUUCCCAUUACUAGUUUAUUGGCAAAGAAGUGAUAAGCAACACUCUACUGUGACGCCUUGUGUCAAAGUAUAUUGUUCAACAUUUUGAAAUGGGAAAUACAGCCUCUCACCCUUUUCUGCUCAAUGUAGUCACCUCCCUCUUUCUUAAUUAUUUUCUUUACUUUAGGAGAUUUUGAAUCUAGAGGGGUGAGGGAAAGGGAGCCUUAGAUAUUCUGUGAUGGUUAACCAGGCAUAUUGUGGUUAACCAGGCAUAUAAACUACCUGCCCCAUGUAGUGGGGUGUCACAAAGAUUAUCACUUAAAAUGUUCAAUGUUUAAUUACAUAGAGAAGCAAAUACAAUGAUAUACAGACUUUAAAUGGAAAUAAAAUGAGACAUUGAGUAGUA